GAAUCAAAGCCAACAGAGGAGAGAGUAGCACCCAUACUAGUACUGAAACAACCUGCACCAGUAGUAAAAACGGCUGUUUCAGAACAUCACAGUAUAUCGUCUGAUCCUGGGUCAUCUUACCAAAGCCACGAAGGAAAUAUGGAGAACCCUCCUAAAAAAAGACGUGGUCGACCUCCCAAGAGUGAAACUGAUAACUUAUUGGCUCUUAGACCAAUAGAGGAGAUUGAUUUGGAUGAUUUUGAUCCUAUUGCUUAUAUGAAGGAUCUUUUUAACUCUAUCAGAACGCAUACAGACAACAAUGGUCGACUGUAUUCAGAAAUUUUUGAAACAUUACCAGAACGUAAAGAGUACCCUGACUAUUACAGAGUUAUCAAGGAUCCUAGAUCACUUGCAAUGAUCGAUGAAAGAAUGCACAGAAGAGUUUAUUCCAACCUCUCGGAAUGGAUGCAAGAUAUGGAGCUUGUAUUUCAGAAUGCAUUGGACUACAAUGAACCUGGAUCUCGUGUCUAUAGAGAUGCAAAACUACUAUUGCGAUUGCUAAACCGCUUGAAGGAUAGAAUAUUGGCAAGGGAGGGGGUACCCGUGAGCCAAGAACAAGAUGUGAUGACAAUGCCUUUAAGCGAUCGACCAUUCGACACUAGUGGAUCAGUUGACGAGAGAAGACGAAUUAAACGUGCUUCUCUCAAGGUCAGGGCUAGCGUAGAAGGCAGUACUGAACCAGCCGAUUUGAUGCCUACUGGGUCUCAUAUUGUUCAGCGUCCAUUAACA